AUGAGAUUGCAGUGUGUAUUAUUAGUUUUCGUAUUACUACAAUUCGGAGUUAUCGAUUGUAGAUACGUUUCUUGGUUGCCUGACGUUUUGGGCACUGUCACCAACAAAACAACUCAAUUAACGAAUUAUGUUCGAGAAAAGGGCCGCAGCAUAAAACAUUUCUACGUAGAAAAUGUACGAAAUAAGAUAACGUCGUACUUCGGAAUUAACAAUAAAGAUGAAUCGGAGUAUUCUGGGGAUGAUAAGCAAGUAAGAAUAAAAAAUAAAUUUAAUGAAUACAUUUCGGAAGCCCAACAAAAUGACAAUAAAUUAUUUGACGUGAUCGCCUCUCAUCAGUUGGAGUACAAAUGUUCGGACGACGAUCCAUCGAUUUUGAUGACCACUCCACAACUGAUAGCUCUUCAUGGAUACUCAGCGGAGUCGCACACAGUGGUUACUGAUGAUGGAUACAUUUUGACUGUGCACAGAAUACCUUAUCCGAAGAAAAUCACCAACAGAAUUAUCCCCAGGAAGACUGUGUUACUUCAUCACGGACUCCUCGGUAGCUCGGCCGAUUGGAUCAUAGCUGGACCAGAAAAGGGCCUUGGCUACAUAUUAUCUGACGCCGGAUAUGACGUUUGGCUGGCUAAUGUUCGAGGUAACACUUACUCUCGAGCUCACGUCUCACGGCCCUCUGAUUCAUUCGCAUUCUGGAACUUUACAUUCCACGACGUUAGUCAACACGAUCUACCUGCUGUUAUCGACUACAUAAUGGAUGUAAAGGGAUGGGACGCCAAAGUUAACUAUGUUGGUCAUUCAAUGGGCACCACUAUAUUGUUCGCCCUACUUUCCACAAAAACGCAAUAUAAUAAAAUUUUAAGGGCCGGUUAUGCUUUAGCGCCAGUCGCCUACAUGUCUGAUAUAAAAAGUCCGAUUCGUUUACUAGCAAAAUUUAGUAACAAUAUUGAAUUUUUAAUGAAACUUUUGGGUGCAAAUGAAUUUCUCCCUCAAAAUGCCGUUUUGCGUUGGUUAUCGAAAAAGGCUUGUGAGAUUAAUAAUUUCGAAGAGGCGAUCUGUGAAAACUCCCUGUUUGUGUUAUGCGGCCACGACGAAAAACAAUUUAACAGAUCUUUGCUGCCAAUUAUAUUGGGUCACGUUCCCGCCGGCGCAUCAACAAAGACGCUUGUUCAUUACGCACAGGAAAUACGGAACAAGGGUCGAUUUCAACAAUUUGAUUACGGAGCAGAAGGCAACUAUAAAGAGUAUGGUACCGAAACUCCACCUGAGUAUCCUCUGCACAAAGUGACACUGCCUAUUGCUUUAUUAAGCUCUCAAAAUGACUGGCUAGCUGGCGACGCGGACGUAGUAAACUUAUAUGAUCAGUUAUCAAAUCCUAUAGAACAUUAUGUUGUGCCAUUGAAAGAGUUUAACCAUAUUGAUUUUCUGUGGGCUAAAGAUGCCCCGAAACUUGUGUAUGCAAAACUUCUGCAGUUAUUAGAAGAAGGUGUAAGUAAUAACUAUAAUAUGGACAUAGAGAACGCUAUAAUUUAA